AGAGACACAACCACUUCGCUCGGUCGCAGCCAAGAGUCGGCUCCAGGAGAGGCUGCCCCUGACUUUGAAGCUUUUGUUUUAGUUUUAAUAAGGAGAACGGAAACUUUCGAUCCAGGUGGCACUGGGUGCAGAAUAGGGAGAAAGAAGGAACUGCUGUCAAUGAAUGAAUAUUCCAGUGAUAAUGGCAGAGCAGCCUCCACCUGAAACUUCAGCCCUGAUGAAUGAAGUUCCACUUCUACCUCAUAUAGUGAAUGGGGACAGUUCACAGCAGGUUAUAUUGGUGCAGGUCAAUCCUGGGGAGACAUUUACAAUCAGAACAGAAGAUGGUCACAUCCAGUGUAUUCAGGGUCCUGCUCAUGUCCCCAUGAUGUCACCAAAUGGCUCCAUGCCUCCUAUUUAUGUGCCUCCUGGUUAUAUCUCACAGGUAAUAGAAGAAAAUGGUGUUCGAAGGGUUGUUGUGUUACCACACUCAAGAGAAUUCCACCCGGGCAGCCAUCCCUCUAUGCACCCUCCGCCUCCUCAUGUUUCACACUACAUGCACCAUCAUCCUGGUUUAAUAGCCCAUCCUCAUCCAGUUUACUCUCCAGUGACCGGAACAGGGGACAUGUCUCCACAGUUCAUGCCUCAGCACACUCCUCUGCCUCACGUUUUUGCAGAUCAAGAUGCGCGUUCACCACAUGGAAGAUUGAAUGUGAACCACAGAGAUGAAAGGACUAUUAAAGUACAUGAACGUUUGCAAAAAAGACUUAAAGACAGACAAGUUGGUGGACCAAAAGAUAAACCUAAUAGCCCUCCCUCUUCUCCACACAAAAGUCAUUCGAAUUCCCCAACAAACGUUCAAAAUGGAUAUGGAAAGGGACAGAAUACAAGUGGUGUCACGGGGAUUGCUUCAGGGCCAGUGAAACCGAGGCAAUCUGUAAAAGCAAGAAGCAGCCUACAGGAUGAUGCAGAGACUGGGGACUCCUAUUUUGAAUCAAAGCAGUUACAAGAACUUCUCUCUGGCAUUGCUAAGCCUAUAAUAUCUGACAUAAAACCCAAGUCAGCUGUCUUGUCUUGGAGUCUACCAUCCAUUUCAGUGAGUGGUGAAGAUGAUGCUUAUCAUAUACCAGUAGGCUGUAAUUAUGAAGUUUCAUUGUCAAACAGUGGAAAAAAUGGGAAAUUCAAGACUGUUUAUAUUGGAGAAGAAACAACAGUAACAAUACCUGAACUGCGACCAGCAACAGAAUAUCAUGUUAGAGUUUCAGGAACGUACAGUUCUGUGAAAGGAUCUCCCUCCGAGCUGGCAAGUUUUACAACGGAAAUCAGUGAACCAGAUCCUCCAGCUCCACCAAAACUUAUUAACAGGACCAAAAACACACUGAAUUUUCAGUGGAAGGCAUCCAAUGACAAUGGCUCUAAAAUCACGAAUUACUCUUUGGAAUGGGAUGAGGGAAUGCAAAAUUUAUUCAAGGAAUGUUACUUUGGGCACCAGAAGCAAUACAAGCUGACCAAAUUAUCCCCAUCUGUAGGAUACACAUUCAGGCUAGCAGCUAAAAACGAUAUUGGAAUGAGUGACUUCAGUGAAACUGUACAGUAUUACACAGCGGGAAGUGUUCCACCUGCCCCAGCUGCUCCUCAGCUAACUCGGACGGGUAUCACGUGGUUAUCCUUGGAGUGGAGCAAACCAACUGGGGUUUCAUCUGAUGAACCCCUUACAUACAUCCUGGAAAUGGAAGAUGAGUCUUCUGGAUAUGGCUUUAAGGUAAAACAUAAUGGAGAUGAGCUCUCUUGCACUUUAAAAAACCUGAGACGGAGUACAUCCUAUAAAUAUAGGGUCUUUGCCUGCAAUAGCGAAGGCAAAAGUAACCCGAGUGAGGUAGUGGAGUUCAGCACAUGUCCUGAUAAGCCUGGACCACCCAGUAAACUAAGCAUAAAGGGAAAAAGUCAUGCCUACAAUUUAAAAGCAACAUGGGAUCCACCCAAAGAUAACGGAGGGUCUGAGAUUACCAAGUAUGUCCUGGAAAUGUCAGAAGGCUUGAACGGGAACAAGUGGGACUUGAUGUAUAAUGGACUUGUCAGAGAGCAUGUCUGUGAUCAUCUAAAACCCGGUACAUGGUAUAGAUUGAGGGUGUACUCCAUUAGUGCUGGAGGACAAAGCCAGGUGUCUGAAAUUUUGUCAGUGCAAACUGCAGCUGUUCCUCCUGGACCCUGCCAACCUCCUCGGCUUGCUGGUAAAGCUAGAGCAAGAGAAAUACUGAUACGAUGGGCACCACCUAUUGUAGAUGGCGGUUCCACGAUCGUAGAAUACACUGUAGAGAUGGCACAGUCAGAAAAGGAUAAGCAAAGGACUCUUUAUCAGGGUUCAGAACAGGAAUGUACAGUGACGGACCUAUUACCAGGGAAGAUGUAUUGCUUCUGGGUGAAAGCUGCAAAUAAAGUUGGGUAUGGCCCACAGUCUGAGAGGUCUGAUAUCCUGACAGCAGCAGGACCGCCUGAGCAAUGCAACAUGCCCGUUGUCUCGUGUAAGUCGGCCACUUGUGUGCACAUGGAUUGGGAGUGUCCUGAAUCUAAUGGUUCUGAGGUCACAGAAUUCAGGCUAGAAUUCGGAGGUAUGGAAGGUUCCAUGCAGGUAUUUUACUCUGGACCUGCCCUUAAUUAUGAAGUGAAAGGCCUCACUCCUGCAACAGCGUACUAUUGCAGAGUACAGGCUGUGAAUUGUGCUGGUGCCGGACACUUCAGUGAUACUGCCACGUGUGUAACACCUGCUUCUGUACCAGCUGCAGUGAGUGUACUGCAAGUGAUCGAUGAAGACCAACUUGAAUUUGUUCUUCCAUCACCAUCAACGUGCCUUGCUAUUCAGUGGAAGGAGCCGUGCUGCCAUGGGUCUGAAAUCACUGGUUAUAACAUAGAUUAUGGAGAUAAACAGAUUUUAGCCAUCAACAGAGAUACAAGUUGUAUCAUAGAAAACUUGCAACCAGACACAACAUACAGGAUUCGAAUACAAGCAGUCAGCAGCAUUGGAGCAGGCCCCCUCAGUCAUUCCAUUAAAGCCAAAACAAAACCACUACCUCCUGAGCCUCCACACCUCGAGUGUGCAGUUUUCAGUUACCAGAGCCUUAAGCUUAAGUGGGGGGAUGGGCCCAACAAAGUUUUAACCGCAAGUUCAACACAAUUCAACUUGCAAAUCGAGGACAAAUUUGGACGGUUUGUUGCAUUAUAUAGUGGACCUUGUCACACAUACAAAGUGCAGAGAUUGAUUGAGUCCUCGGCUUACAAAUUUAGAAUUCAGGCAUAUAAUGAUGCUGGGGAAGGAGCAUUUUCUGAAGUUUACACUUUCACUACAACCAAAUCUCCUCCUCCUCUACUUAAAGCGCCAAGGAUACAAAUGCUUGAACAAAAUGCUUGUGAAAUCAUUUGGGAUGCAGUGCAGCCAAUGAAAGGCGAUGCAAUUGUUUACAUACUUCAGAACAUUAUCGGGAGAGAUUCUGAACAGGUAUACAGGGGACCAGAAACUUCCUUCCUUUUCACAAACGUUCAAGCAAACUGUGAAUACAGGUUCCGGGUCUGUGCUGGGCGACAGUAUCGUGAUUCUGUUGGAGUGCAAGAACUAUGUGGACCUUACAGUCCCACUGUAGCAUUCUCAUCUCAGAGACAAGAAUCAGCACCAAGUGCUGAAACUGCAGUAGAGCUCACAAAGGUCAAGAGGAAAUCAUUAAGUGACGAGCAGUUUGCUGCCCUGAUUGUUGUUGGCUUUGCUGUAGUCUCCAUUUUGUUUGCUUUCAUUAUUCAGUACUUUGUAAUUAAGUAGAGAUUGAUUGAUUCAUUUAUGGUUAUGUUUGUAUCAUCCAAGAUAAAACUCUAGCUUUUUUCUCUUUGACCAUUCAAAUUAAACUGAUAGCUGGAAAUGAUUGUAUGCUGAGUGCAUACAUUUCCGUCUUUACUGCUGACAAAUGUGAGGCAGUGUUAGCAGAAUUCUGUGCACAAACAAAACACACUUAUUCAAAAAGGUGUAUUCCUGAGGCCUAUAUGUCCAAUGCUGGCUGUUUCAGGACAGCUAGGACUGCCUUAACCUUUAGACCCUUAGCCAGUACUGUCCAGCCAGGAGUCAUUUAUUUAAGGAAUUUGUAAAAGUAGCCCUUAUGAAAUAUCCAAGCAAGGAGAAAUAGACAAAAACCUUUCCAUAGUCUGGAAAGUACUGCAGACUAGUAGCGGUUUAUAUGGCCUGGAGCAAGCUUCAUUGGCAGUCAUGAUGUUAGAUGAGCAAUGAACUGUUGUGCAACAGUUUGCUGGGCAUAUGCUUUCAGAGUAGCAUAGCCACUCUUGAAUACAAGUAAGAGACGUUUUUUUCAUACAUUUCAGCAAUGGUUUGUCGAGUGAAGUUAGUUUGAAAACAAAUGUACUGUAAAUUAUAUUACAGGACCAUGAAUACUUGCAGGUAAUAUUGUUGGGCACAGAUUUGCAUUUAAAUUUUCUUUUCUAGCGGUCCAUGAAGGUAAUUAAAUGCUAUUGUGCUUGCACAUAUUACAGCUCUUUUCAGCAAAGCACAGAUUUUAAUAAUGUGUCUGUGAUUCUAACAGUGCAGUUUUGAACUGCAUUUGUUAUAAAGAAUUGUUAUAAACGUUUCACUAUUUGGCUCAAACUGAGCAAAGUUUUGUAAAAAAAAAAAUCUGAAUACAUUGUCUAAAUCUCAAAUACCCAGUUAACUGAUUUUUUUUAUAUAUAAGUUUCCCUUUUUUCUAUUUAGAGGAAAGAGCAUAGAGCCUUUAAAGUCCAUGUUACCUGGAUAUUGUACAUCUCAUAUAACCUAGGUUGCAGUUUCAGAAUACAAUUACAUUAUAGUUCUGAGAACGAGUUAAAAAGUGUUUCAGAAUGUCCAACUUGCCAUACUAGAUGCCAGUUUAUUGAUUGUCAAAAUUUACAUUCCACUACUUUGCACCUGAGGUGGUGCCAUACAGUUUUAAUUGAUUUGUAUGUGGAAGAAACCUGCAUUUUUAUAUGUUUUUCACUUUCUGAUGACUGUUCUUUUGCAGGAAGUGAGUCGUUCUGUAUUGUGAAGUAGUGAUCCUUUUUAUUUUUUUCUUAGGAGUUUCAUUUAUGGUGCAAUUCUAGAAUAACCUUUCCAAAUAUAUAUCUUCCAUUUUAUAUUUUAUUUAUUAUAAUUAAGAAGUCCAGGAAAUCUAUGUAUGAAUGUAUUAUACUUGUAGCAAGUCAUAACUUAAGUAAAUUUUUCAAUGUAGUUGGAAGCCUUGCAUUUGCCCUGUUAUUGGAAAAUGUAUUUCACAUUUAGAUAAUUAUAAGGGGACAAACGUUGAAAGUGUCUUAAUAUUCCUGUAGAAUGGUUUACAUUGAUCUUUUUGAUGUUCUAAAUUCCAUUUACUUUUAUUUCUUUAAAUGAAUUGUGGCAUGCAGUUUAAAGACUGUCAUAAAAGUGUAUUGUCUAUUUUGCCAAAGGUGACAUCUUUUGAUUUCAGCUUUUUAAAUAGAAUAUCCCACAUUGAUGAUAGGCGGUUUUGUAUUGGUUUGAAAUGAUGUCACUUUGAGGUGUGGACGAACUACUUGAGGAAGUAGUGGAGAAGUAUUCAAGCUGUUGGAUUUCUAGACUGGAGUAUUUUCUUAAGAAACUUACGGUGCCUAAUUCUGGAUGUGUUUAGUACAUUAAAAAUACAAAUUAUAUGAUUGCUUCCACCAUUAGCAGUAAGUUGAUUACUUAUUUCAAUGAAUUAACUGGGUACAUUAGUAUUUUAUGUUGCAUAGUUUUUAAUAUUAAAUAUACAUUCCAAAACAUACCUUAGAUGCAUUAAUGUACUAAAUAUACCGCUUUCAACUUUAUGUAUUGUACUAUAUGGAGCCAUUUCACAAAUUCAUGUUAAUGCUGCCAUUCAUAUGUAUGACUAAACUGUAACUAUCAAAUAGAUAAUAUAUUUAAUAACGGCCAAUAAAAUGUAAAUUAA